AUGUUCUCGCGCUGUGGAAGUAUCAAGAAGUCAAGCUCACAUAAAAUAUCAUGCGAAGGAUCAACCUCAGAUAUAGAAGGUUACAAAUUCUCGUAUGUACGAUACAUCUGUGUAAUUAUUGGUUGUAUCCUAAGUGGUGGACUUCUACGGUUACUGUUUCACUGGUUUCCCCAUUGGAUGCUAUGGUGUACACAUAAAGUCUGUGAUCUCAACGAAGCGAACAAAGUCAAGAUAAAGGAUAUUUCUGGUAUCUACAUCCAUAAAGUUCAAUAUCCUACACGAGGAAAGUCAAGGUCACAAUAUGACAAUUCGACAACGGACGGUUUUCUUGAAAACCAAACUGAACGCCCAUAUAUCAUACAUAAAAAGCUAAAGUACAUCUGGAACUUUGAGUCUGAAAAUUUCGAGCUACUACAAAACUGGGAUGAGCGUCCUUACGAUGAAGUAUUAAAUGCACCCACCUUAACUACGGAUCUAAUUGAAACUCGUCGAAACUUGUAUGGAAUUAAUAAGAUAGAUGUCAGUCUUACACCCAUAAUGAGGCUUGUUUUGAAUGGAUGUCUCACCCCGUUUCACUGCUUUCAAGUGUUCAGCUGUGUAAUAUGGUUUUGUGUCGAGUACGAAAUAUAUGCAACGUGUAUUGCUGUGUUCUCUGUAACAUCACUUAUUUUUCAGGUUUACGAGCUUCGCAAGAAUGAACGAGCUUUAAAGAAAACUGUAUGCAUUUCGUCUAAAGUUACUGUAUGCAGACGUCGUGACGGGGAAGAUGAUUUAAAUACAUCUUUAAUGUACUUGUAA